AAUGACAUCUGUUAUACAUUGUGCAUCAAUGUUAUUAUCGAAGAAAUGAGAGGUGGCAACUCUAAGCACGGUGUAGCGGGGGAGGGAGAAACGACUUUGGAGUCAGUGUGAGGUAGGAGAGCGAACCGUUCAUUACUGCGGCUCAUUCAACAUCAGUCCUCCAUCUACCUCCAAUAUCAAGGUGUACUAUAUGAGGAAGGUGAAGGAAUAUUCAUGGCGAACUGACUGAGGCAGGAGAAAGACUAAUGUCACCAUGAGUCUAGUCAGUGAAGUGCCGGUAUUGUUCCUCCAUGAGUUAAAGGUGGUUGUGUAGGAGUGGAAUAAAAUUAAGAACGUAAGAAGUGAAGUAUUUAAAAGUGUUAACCAAAGAAAGGUAUAUUAAGUUUGUUACGUAAGUUAGUGUGAAAUUCUGUUCCUGGGAGUCCGAGUCGGAGUGAGUAUAAUCAGCUGAGGAAGACAACACUUCAAAAUGUCAGACGGUAUGGGCGACGAGGAACAAUUCCGCAUGAGCCACGCAGGACUGCUGGCGAGGAGCGCUGAGGGGCACGCCGCCAAGGGCAUGCGGAUCAAGGAUCAGGAGGACAUGUGGGUGGAAAUCCAGCACCACACAUUCAGAAACUGGGUCAACGUUCAGCUCCGGGACACAGGUCUUAAAGUAGACAACCUCUCCGAGGACCUGAGGGACGGCCUGGCCCUCGUCACCCUGGUGGAGGUGCUACAGAAGAGGCGCCUUCGUAAAGUGAAGCGGGUAAUGAACCAGCACCAGGCUUUGGAGAACGUCACCACCGCUCUCAACGCCAUCGCCGAAGACGGCAUCAAGCUGGUCAACAUAGGAAACGUGGACAUCGUGAAUGGGAACCUAAAGCUGAUCCUCGGCCUCAUCUGGUCCCUCAUCAUGCACUACCAGAUCGGACAGUCCAAGUUCCCCCCCAAGAAGCUGAUGCUAACCUGGCUAAGGGCCGUCCUCCCAGACUGCCGCAUCCAGAAUUUCACUUCAGACUGGAACAGCGGUGUGUACCUGAGUGCUCUGUUGGACUAUUGUAAGCCCGGACUUUUCACCACGUGGAAGAACCUAAACCCAAGGAAUUCAAUUCCCAAUUGCAAACAAGCCAUGGAGAUCGCAAAAGCAGAAUUCAACAUCCCCAUGAUUCUCGAGCCAGAGAUUCUUGCCUCCCCAUACUUGGAUGAGUUGUCUGGCAUGACCUACCUGUCUUACUUUAUGAAGGAAGGGGGCCCAGGCUACAAGGCAACGCUCGACUGGGUUAGGAAGCAGCUUCCCAAUAGGAAAAUUAAUAACUUUACGACGGACUGGAACGACGGAAUGAACCUAACAACCUUGGUGAAGCAGUUAGGAGGUCCAGUGCCAGGAUUCAAGAGACUACGAUCCGAUCCGGACAGUUGGGAAUCUAAUUUACAGUUGGGAAUCGACGGCGGCCGGAAGCUCGGCGUGGAGCCCGUGCUGUCGGCCGGCGAGAUGUCCCGGCCCGACGUCGAGUCCCUGGCUAACAUGGGCUAUAUUGCCUACUACCAAUGGGUGAGACCCCGCCAGUGCCCCGGUGAUUCCAUGGCUGUCAAGUGCGACCUCGAUAACGUUCGCGUCAAUAAUCCGGUGCCGUUCAAGAUCGAUUUCCUGACAAAGGAAGUGGUACUGAGUGAGAUUAAAGUUCAGGUGCAGGGACCUACAGGGCCUGUCAGGGUCGACCUCGACCUUAGCCCGAGAGGAGGCAAGGGAGUUUUCGUGCCCGACGAAGUGGGCAUCUAUGAGUUGACGGUACUCAGUGAGGACGAAGUGGUCGAGGGCUGCCCAGUGAAAGUGAGGGCUCUUCCUGACGUCUCCAAGAUCAUGUUCUCGGGCAUCGAUCCCUGUGCUCUUGGCUCCAUCGUCGAAGUCGUGAUUAACAGUAAUGGUGUGGGCGGAGGUGAUAUCGACGUGACAGCGUACUCGCCGACCGGCCGCGGGCUUGUUUGUCCCGUGAAGGUGGAAGACGGCGUAUAUGCGGCCACCUUCCAGCCGGACGAGGCGGGCGAGUGGUCCAUCGCCGUGACGUAUGACGAGGAACAUAUCCAGGGAUCACCCUUUACCUGUCACGUGUACGAUCCACAUUCUCUCAAGAUACGAGAGCUUGACAAGGGCCCAUCCUCCGUGCCAGGGAGACCCUUCACUUUCGUUGUAGACGCCACCAGGUGCGGGUGGGGCGACGCCACAGUGGACGUGACCCAAGGCGGCAGGUCCUUACCCUCGAGGUCGCUCGAAAUCGAUCGAGGACUCUACGAGGUCACCUUCACUCCCCUUGAGGCCGCAAAGCACAAGAUCUACGCCUAUUUCAACGGACACGAGGUUAAAGGGUCUCCAUUCUCUCUGUACCUGGGCAUCGAGAGGCCUCCGGACAGAAAGGACUCCAAGUCGAGGAAGAAGUCCAGCAAGGAGACGAAGACGUCCAAGGACGUGAAGGAGGUCAUAAAGGAGUACUCGGGAUCAUCCCUCCUAAAUUCCCCGAGGUACAGUUCCUCCAGUAACGACUCGCCUUACAAAUCGAGCAGCCUCUCAAAGACCUAUGACUCGAAUACUCAAAGCAAGGCUUAUGAGACAGGCAACAGGUCCGUCAACUCUAGCAUCACCAAAAACUCUCUAGAGAAAACUUACGACUCGAAGUACGACCCUCCGAGCAAGGCGUUCGACUCCUCGGUCCGGAUUGGCAAUAGUAGUUACGAAGCUAUCAACAACAAAUACGUCAACUUCGAGUCGUCCACCAUCGUCAGUAGAAGCAGCGCUUUCGACUCUUCCAAAAAACAUUCCAGUUCAUACGAUAUUCCUCAUUCCAAGAUUACUCACGAGGAUUCCCUUUCCAAAAAAGGAUAUGAGAUGCCCACCUCGGCCAGGAAGUCCCUCACGUUCGAGUCGAGUCCGGCAACAAGUCCAACCAGAACCUCCAGCUACAGCAAAAGUAGCGCUCUCGACUCAAGUUAUAAUUCGAGUUUUGAUUCUUCAUUUAACACCUCGACAUCUACAGUUAUAAACACCAACAAAUCGACCUUCAACAAAGCCGCAAGCCCCACUCGGCUCUCCUCGCCCCGCAAAUCCACUUCCCCGUCUCCCCCGCCCACCCUUCCCCCCGCGGUGCCAAGGACUGGCCGUGCGGUGAGCCCCCCGGCUGGCCCUCCGAACGCCCUCACCGGCCUCUCCUCGCCCGCCAAGGUUCUGCAGAUCGCUCAGAAUGCUGCCAAAACAACUGAAGCAGGGAGGAGGAUGAGGGAUUCCAACGCCUCCUUCGCCACCUCUCCAUCCUCCUCCUCCGGGAAGUACAGAACCUCUAGGACACUGAUCGCCAGCAGAGCAGACAGACCCGAUGCACUUGAGGACCCGGGGGUCGAACUCGCCGCCCCGGUCAGGCUUCUCACUCCCAGUUCGCGCGUUUCCUCUGAGUCGAGAAUCCCGUUGGUCCAGAGUGAUGACCAUUUCGACAUAGCCGACUCCUCUUACGCCAACGUCAGCGUGGGAGCAAACACCUCCUCUGCUAUCACUACGACAACUAUUAGAAGGUCUGAGGAAAAUCUAGUAACCACUGCAGACCACAGAAUGUCCUCCAGUGCACUUCAUCCAGUGAGUGAGCGUAGGAGUGGGGGUGUAGCCAUAGAAAGCGAGCAUGUAUACACCAUUGAAGGUGACAACAAUGUUAUGGCAGCUUCCCGACAUCCAGUCCAAAGCAUGGAGUCCAUUACUUAUCUAAGUUCAAGUACGACAUCUGUGGAUGUAGGUGAUGCUGUCUCCCACCGCCUGCAGAGUAGUUCCUCUACUAGCUUCAACCAACAAGAAAAACAUCGACACCCCCAUUCCUCAAUUGAUCCAUCCAGGGUAACAGUCAGUGGUCCAGGGGUCAGGCUUGUGUCUGUCUGCUCCCAGGCUGAGUUUACUGUCAGCACACCACAGCCUUUACAUCAGGAGGAGGUCAAUGUUAAAAUAUCAGGUCCUGGGAAGCGUCACGUGCCUCUGGCCCUGAACCAGAUGGCAGAGGGGGAAGUGAUGGCUGCCUUUACCCCUCAGCAGGUUGGAGAGUACCUAGUGGAUGUGAGAAUCAAGGAUACUAGGAUACCAGGCAGCCCCUUCAGAUGUUAUGUGUAUGAUUCUCAAGAAAUACGUGUAGGCACCAUUCCUAAUGGUAUUGUAGGAAGGCCUGUGGAAUUUGAAAUUGAUGGAUCAACAGCAGGGUCUGGAAACUUGGAAAUUCUGGUGAAUGGGGGACAUGUAACUUCUUAUGUGAGGAAUUUGGGUCAACAAAGAUUCCUUGCUUCAUUUGUACCCCAUUCUGCCAUUCGCCACAUGGUCGAGAUGCGCUUCAAUGGAGAGAAAGUUCCUGGCUCGCCUUGGAGCGUCGAGGUAAUGGAAGGCAGUGGGGCGCGGGUGGCGGUGCUGGGGGACACCAUCAAGCAUUUCCCUGCCGGCCAGCUGUCCGCCUUUGACAUCUCGGCCGCCAGUGUCUCCAAGGAGGAUAUUCAAGUCCACAUCGUCAGUCCCGCAAAGCGCCCAGUAUCGUACCAGCUAACGGAAAGCGGCGAGGGCGUGUACCGCGUGGCCUUCGUGACGACGGAGGUAGGGUCGUACGUGGUGGACGUUGCGGUGGCAGGCCAGAAGGUCCAGGGCUCGCCCUUCAUUGCCAAAGCGUACGACGCCGGGCUCAUUAGGGUCUCCGACGUGCCCAACGGGGUGGUCGGUCAGCCAUGCCAGUUCAGAGUGGACGCCUCUCAGGCCGGUGAGGGGCAGUUGGAGAUCAGCAUCAACGACGGGGAGGUGCCCAACCACGUGCAAGUGUUGGGCGGGGGACGCUGCCUCGUCUCAUUCACGCCAGACACAGCCAAGUUGCAUACCAUAGAUAUUAAGUUCAAUGGGGAGACUGUGCGUGGAUGCCCUUUUGUUUGCCGUGUGGCAGAUACGUCAAGGGUGAGCCUCACACUACGCCACCUAGAGCUGAUUCCAGUGGGCCAGUCUGCUGCAUUUAACAUAGCCGUGGAUGGGGGAGGUUCUGCCGAGCUUACUGUCACUGUUAGAACCCCAAGUCACACGACACUGCCAGUGCGUGUAUCUGGUAGUGUGCGUGCUGGCUUCACAGCAGAAUUUACACCUGUGGAGGUCGGUGCCCACACCAUCAUCGUCAAUUACAACGAUUCCGCUGUGUCAGGGACGCCCUUCACUUGCAAGGUGUAUGAUGCAGCCAAAGUUGGUGUGUCGCAUCUUCCUCGUGGUGCAAUUGGCAAGAGUCUUCAAUUUGUUGUGGAUGCUUCGGAGGCUGGCGAGGGUAAUCUGGAAAUUAGUAUUAGUGCAGCUGGGAGGAACAUCCCAACCCAGGUGCAUCCCCAGGGCUCAGCAAGAUUUGCUGUGUCUUUUGUACCGUUGGAGGCCAUUGAUCAUGUGAUAAACAUUUCUUUCAACAAAGAACCUGUCCAGGGAUCCCCAUUUGUUGCAAAGGUUCAGGCAGACCCCAAUCGGAUUGUGGUUAGUGGCCAGUCCUUGGCAGCCACGGCAGUAGGAAAGACUUCGUUUUUUACUAUAUCCAAUGUUACUGGCUCAGUGGAGGAUGUAGAGGUAUCAGUUGAAGGGCGGUCGAGAAAACACCAGCGCGCUUACUAAUAGUACUAAUCCGCAAAAAAUAUAUUUCUACCACUUUAGCUUAGCCUGGGUAUGGGUGCUCCAUGGAGACAUACUGGGCAGAAUGUCUGGUUUUGGUGCAGCCAAAAUCAUCAACGAAUCCACAUGUUUGUGACAAAUGCAUGCUUUAUUUUUGCAUCUAUUAAACCCUUUUAAAUAAAUCUAGCAAGCAUGAACUGAAACACUGAGAAGCUUGGAUUAAAAAAAAAAAAAAAAAAAAAAAAAAAAAAA